AUGCCUCCGCAUGAGGCGAAAACACGACAUGCCAAACCUCUGUCACGACAGAAGGAGAACCUUGACCUCUCGCGCGUCGACGAAUGGGACAUCAGCGCCGCCUUCUCGGAUUCCAAGAGCGUGACGAGCCGGCUUUGCAUCGAGGUUGUAAGAGCAUUCAGGAGCGUCCUUCGACAUGUGAAAUCUCGCAAGGACCUUCCGCGCUCUCUGUCGCAUCGCCUGGACAAGAGCUGUGGUUCUCUUACGCUAUGGGCGGCAGGGUAUGGUGUGCGUGAGGGUGAGCUCGACGAUGCCCUUGCCAAGUCACGGUCGUUGCGACGAUCGAUCUCUGAGUUGUUGGUGAGCGUUGGCAAAGCUGUUUCAGAGGGUAUGUGGUGGACAAUCGGCCGGUUGAUCUGGCUCUACUGA